AUGUCAAGUCUGCAGGCUCUCGCCGCUGCCUUGCCCCAAUGUGCUUCAGCAUGCUUAAUGACGGCAGUUUCGGACUCAAGCUGUGCUAUUACGAACCAAACCUGCGUUUGUCACGAUGAGGGCCUCAACACACAAGCCACAGCCUGCAUCCUCGAGAGCUGCACCGUUCGCGAGGCCCUCUCCACCAAAAAUUUGACUUCCACGUACUGUGGAGUCAUUCCGGCCACUAUCCCAUCCUAUGUCCCUGUCAUCGUGACCUUCGUGGUUCUUUGCGCGGUCUCAAUCUUGCUGCGCGUCAUUGCGAGACUGAAAACGAGGGUUCCGGUCUGGUGGGAUGAUUUCAUCAUCACUUUGUCCUUUCUAAGCUGCGUUGCCUUUACGGUUAUCAUGUGCAAAUUGAGGUCCCACGGCUUGGGAACCGAUAUCUGGGUUGUCCCAUUCGAUGACAUCACGCUAAUUUUCAAGGCGAUGUACUUCCUCUUUGUGCUAUACAUCACGAGCCGUCACCUCGUACGGUUGUCCAUCUUGCUCUUCUAUUACCGCUUCUUCGGCCACGUCCCCUUGGCACGGCGGCUGAUCCAAUUCAGCUUUGUGCUGAUCAUCACCUGCUGUGUCGCCUUCGACUUUGCAAUUCUCUUUGGCUGUACGCCUAUCGAUUACUUCUGGACGAUUUGGGAAGGCCAGCAAGGGGGCCAUUGUAUUAGCUUUCAUGCAAUUUUCUGGGCAGGCGCCUUCAUUGUUAUCGCCAUUGAUCUCUGGAUCAUGUUGCUCCCUAUACCCUUCAUCGUGCGCUUGAAGCUCUCGCUGCGGAAGAGGAUCUUGUCCGGCAUCAAAUUUACUUUUGGAACCUUUGUCAUUGCCGUCAGCUUAUACCGCCUCACGACAAUCGACCGCUUUACUUUAUCGCACAAUCCGACCGUGGACUUCGUCGAUAUCGGAAUCUGGUCCGGAAUCGAGCUCUACGUUGGCAUAAUUUGUGCAUGCCUGCCCAACUUCUACACUCUUCUCAAGCCAGUUAACGCACGGAUGGGUUCCUGGGCACAGUCUUCGCGCCCUGGGGGCAGCGGCUCUUGGGGCGGCAGCAGGAGCCAUCGUCACCUACAGGAUGAGGAGGAGCCGGGCACAGGGCACGCGAUCCGUGCGACAACUGUAAUUAAUGUUGAAGAGCAUGGCUCAAACAGCAAAAGAGUGAGCAUUACCAAUGGUUAUGGUCCCGGCCAAAACGAUGCCGGGAACAGGGUGGAGGGGAUUGAACUAGGUACAAUGAUGAAGGGCACGACGUACGGCAGGGCGUGGUCAUGA